AUGAAUAUUGCGAUCUUCGAAGCUCGUUUUGGCAUCGGCGAUGAGGGCGAUCAUCCGAUUGAAGAAGAGUUUAAAUCGGAUGAAACAACUGAAACGGCAGUAGCUAUCCACGGAAAACGAGGUUCUGAUCACUAUGCAUUAUAUAUGCCAGAAAGCGUGUUAGUCAGUGAUGAUUAUAAUGUUUAUGUGCUUGAUGAGUUUAAUUAUCAUAUACAAAGAUGGAAAGCUUCUGUUGAAACGAUAGCAGGAAGUAAGAUUAUCUUGAGCACGGCAAUCUUUGAAAAAAUGUCCCUUUCUUUUCUUAAAUACUAAAAGCAAAUUAAAUCAUAUCAAAAUUCCGCUUUCGAAAAGGAUAUGCAUUUGAUAUCUCCCGUAACUCAGAUGUCACCGAUCAGGCAAAUCAUCGCAUACAAAAGUGCAUUCAUAAUGGUACUAGAUGUUGCAGGUAUGUAUCAACAUUCCACUUAAUUUUCUGAAAAGUUUUAAGUCAGAGUUGACGAGUCCUCCAAUUUUUAUUGUAACAUGAUCAAGAAAGAAAAUUGGGUUUUCUCAAAAAUUCAUCGUCCGACGUGCAUUCAUUUUUCUCUCCGGAGCGAAGAGACCCACGGCUCUGAGAUAAACAGCAUCUGCCGCCGAAGCAUGAAAAAUCAAGAUUCUGCUUAGAUGUCAUUUCUGAAGACAUUUUUAAACUAUGUGUGGAAUGCGAAACUCGGCUUGAUGUAAUUUUAAUAGUUUAGUUUUACAACCGCUUAUCAACUAGUUACUAGCGGCUCAAACAGACCUCAUUUCCGAAAGAAUCAGGAGAACUACGGUCGGUUUCGACCUUUCUCAAGGGUCUCGUCAGCCGGUUUCCUUCGAGGAAGACAGAGACACUGUGACAACGUGGCUAGUGGGGCGAUAGGUGACAACUUUCUACCCAUUGAGAUGCAAACAGUCGUUCGAGGGGUUUGGCGAGUACUCGAAAACAGGUCGUGGUAGAGGACUAGACCUCUCGAAAAAUGAGAUUUCGGAUCCUGUAUAUAAAUUUUUGAAGGGCUAUGAGUUCUGUUUGAGUUUCUAGUAAGGCACGGUAAAGACUUGCGGUUUUCAACAGUCGAUGAAUAUCUUUGUUAAAGUGCAAACAAAAUAAAAAUAUUUCAAAAUGAAUUAUCUAAACGGAUACAUGUUUUUAGGAAUGAAUAACUUAAAAUUUUAAUACAGUUUUGUUUUACAACUGUUUAUCAGCUAGUUAGGGCGCGCGUAAUUUAAAGGUCGACCACUAUUUUAUGCAAAUGAUAAAUACCGAGAGCAUAAGCAAUCAAAGACAGAAAGGUGAGCUGCGGUAUUUGCAAUUGUAGCGGAACGUGUAUUCUACGAAACAGUUGAAUUUGAAGUAGCAAUUGCAAGUUCCAACAUUUGAUUUAAUGACAAAAUGUAGAAUUUUGUUACAUGUCAUAUCAAGAGAUGGCCUUCAGAUACCUCAACUACAAUCACGACAUAGAAAAAACAUUUCUCUAUUUUUUGAAACCAACCCGAAAUUUC